AUGCGUGCGACCGUUAGUCUCCGUACCGCUGCCCGGACUCCUCUUAUCCGGUUCGUUGGCAGACGUUCCGUGCCCCAAUCCGUGGAUCACACCCCUCGUCCUCAUCCCGCUUCUCCCUCGGGUAUCCUUCCUGAUUCUUUCGCCGCAUAUCGCUCCAAGGCCCAACAGCACGGUCCACUGAGCCGUGCCUCUUUCGCUCCAGGUGCGAUCGGCAGUAACCCUGGCGCUUCUCUGGGUCCCAUUCAGCCCAGGCAAGGAGAGUUUUUCGACCGUGUCGAGCUUCCCUCCCGAUUCCACCGUCUCCCUUGGACUGAAGCCGAGAUUGAAGCCAUUGAGACCGGCGGUGCCAGUCUCUGCGCUUAA